AUGCUGGGUACACCGACGACGACGACGACGAUGUCGGACGAUGCGCUGGCGAAGCUGCGCGCGCGCAUGGCGCAGCCGCCCAAGGACUGGGUGGACGUGGUGAUGGUGGCGGUGCUCAAGGACCCCGCCUUCUACGGCAUGCUGGCGCUCGGCGUGUUCCUGGUGCUGGGGGCCAUGGCGCUCUUCGCCACCAAGGUGCUGCUGGACGAGAUCGCGGCCGAAGAGAAGCUCAAACGGCGACAACAGCAGGAGAAGAAAGACAAGAAGAAGAAGGAGCAAUAG